AUGCCCAAAGCCUGGCAUGAAUAUCAAAACAAGAACGACUAUAUCCGCCCAUUUCGCCGACAAACGAUAGACGCCUCAACCUUCAGUCCUCGACCCCAAGAAUCAGCCACAAUCCUCCUCUUCUCCGGAAGGAAAGAGAAGUGGCAUUGCGCAUCUUUAUCUAGUCUCUAUCCCAAAAAAUUUCCUCUGUUCUUUGCACAUCCUAUCGAGGAACGGAGAUACAUUACGCGGGUACUCAUGAUGUUCAGUUGGUCCAAGAAAUCUUUCGAUAGCUUCUUUGCGAGGGUAACACCCGCAGAGGAACCGAUUGAAAGCGUGGACCCUCUCACCAUUGUGCCUCCGAAGAUGUAUGAUGUCUUGGACUCGGAAUGGGACUCAGACAGUGACUCUGACGAGUCUCGUGUUAUGGUUGGCCGACCUUCUUCGACGGAGCUGUGUUGUGCAGCAGAGGGUACAAUCGUCAGCGUGGAUCCAACUCCUGAUGCUCCGCCAUGGAUCAAUGAGAAGAGUAUCAUCGUUCUAGAUGAUCCCGAAGAUCCCAAUCCCCAAGUCAUAUCCUCUAAGACACACCAUACAGAGCUUUAUGCCCCUGUUGCACACAUCCUCAUGGACUGUGACUGGGAGGAAUUUCUCCCAAAGGACGAAGACAUUGUGGCAAGGAAUGAACCGGACAACGAUCAUUUGUCUCCCAAUCCGAACGGAACGGAUGAUCUGGAUGACGCUUCUUCAGAUUACUAUGAGUUCGAAUCAGAUGAGGAACAAGACGAUGAGUUUCCCUCCUCCUCUGAAGAACCCAUGAUGUUCAAACUCGAAGACCUUCUGCCAAAUGAUGGAGUGUCCUUGAGCCUCCGUGCACGGAAUGAACACCACCCCCUUCUCUUUUCUGGAGACGACAAGAAACUCGAUGGCAAAGAUCCCCCAGAUCGCGAUAGAGAAUAUAGCUUUCUAGACUCAGACUCGGAAAGUUGCCGCUCAGAUGACCUGCAGACCGCUACUGAAGACUACAACCUCCUGUCUCACUAUUCUUCAGCAGGGAAGGGACCACGCCCACAUCCACAUGAAAAAGCAGACGUUCCCGUCCAGCGGCAAGAAAGACACACAGCCCUCAGCCCGAACCCCUCCGCCUACCGAGAAACAAUGAACGACAAACAACACAACGACAGCUUGAUCCUUCAAGCCCAGCAAAAGAAAGCUCGUUGGCAACACAGCCUCGACCACGAGCGCAACCUUGUCCAAGCACUCGCCCACUGGCUAGAAUACGACAUCGACACCGAUAUCUGGGACGCUGGACCUUGCCAGCCAUCCAGAAAGCCAAGCAUAUGUGGCGGGACACCAGAAUCGUGUCCUGUUUGUUUGCGUAGAUGUCUAAAAUACUAUCGCGAGUGGAGUUUCUUAUUGCCUGUCCUCAAUGAAGCGGCGCUGAGAUUGAGAACCGGAUAUACUGCGUUGAAAGAUUUGGAUGAGAUGUUAAAUGCUCUCCAAAAUGGCAUUUCCUGGCAGGGACAACCAAAUGCCGCGUCUCACUGGAGUACGCUGGAUAAGACAGGUACACUUAAACGUGAAAUCAGUUCGUCCAGCAAUAAAAAUGCAUAUCAACCAAGAUGCCAUCCUCGAGACAAACCGGAGCCACCAGUUCCACAAAUCGUCACGCCAGAGCUGGAAGCGCAAAUCUCCGAAGCAGAACAAAGACUGGAGAGAAAACAAACAGCCGCUGAGGCUUGGAACUAA